AUGGACUCGACAGAAGAAAGUUAUGCUAAAUUGGCCAGGUAUUGCCAUAACAUGAAGAAAACUAAUCCUGGCUCGGCAUUUUUUAUUGAGACGGAGGCCGAGAACUGCUUCAAAUUCUUCUUUAUGUCUCUUGGACAAUGCAUUCGGGGAUUUCGAAAUACUAUGCAACCCUUAAUUCUAGUCGACGGUACAACUCUGAAAUCCAAAUACCAAGACAAGUUGAUUAUUGCUACAUGUCAAGAUGCCAACAUCCAAAUCUACCAUAUUGCAUUCGGCAUAAUUAAUAAUGAGAAUGAUCUGUCGAUGCGUUGGUUCUUUACAAAGCUCAAGGAAGUAAUCGGAGAAGUCGAGGACCUUGCAUUUGUAACCGAUCGGGGACAGUCUAUAAUAAAUGGUAUCGCUGAAGUUUUUUCCAAUGCACAUCAUAGGUAUUGCAUGUACCAUAUACAAGGCAACUUGAAGACUAGGUAUCGAGGCAAAGGCAUCGUUUCACUGUUUAGGAGAGUGGCUGAAACUUACAGUAUUGAAGAGUGUAAUAGGAUGUCGAUACAAUAUGAUGACGUCAAACAACGCGAAAUCUCUCAAUGCAUUAUUCAAGAGUGGUUUCACGAUCGACGUACGGAGUCACAUAAUUGCACAAGCGUGCUAGCCGCAGCGCAAGAGGUAAAGCUCUUUAAGGCUGCAGAGAUUGGGAGAAAGUUAAAUGCCGAACCACUAAACGAGUCGCGCUUCUCUGUGGAAUAUGCACGUCAUACGACAUACAUGGUAGAUUUCACUGAUGAAACAGGUACUUGUAAACAAUUUCAGUUAGAGAGUUUUUCAUGUGAGUAUGCAGUUGCAGUGGCUAUGUAUCGAGGACUUGCAGCGAGGACAUUUUGCUCUCCUUAUUACACUGCUAAAAAAUGGAGAGUUGCGUAUGUUGAAACCAUAUUUUCACUUCCAAACGAAGUCGAGUGGGAAGUUUCCAAUCAUAUUCGCCCAUUCAAUACAUUGUCACCACCUCUCAUUGAAUCACGUGGUCCUGGACGUCCAAGUACUUCUAGAAUACCAUCUACUGGAGAGUUUUCCUGA